AUGGCGAGCUCAUUGCAUCACAUCGCCAUCUUGGGCUGCGGCGUCAUCGGCCUCUCGACGGCGCUCGCCAUCCUGGAAGAUCAGCCGCAGACCGGACGAGGAUCGCGCUCGUUUGUCACAAUCGUCUCAAAGGAGGUUCCGAAUCUGGACGAAGAUAGCGGCGGGGCAGGACAGUCCUCGAGCAAGAAGCCUUCUGCAGAAUAUGCGAGCCUAUGGGCGGGUGGUCAUCACGUCAGCGAUGCCAAGUCAGAGCGCGAGCUGCGGUACGACAAGAUCACCUUUGAACGCAUGAGCCUGCUCGCUCGGGAGAAGCCUUGGUCAAAGAAAGCUGCGGUCACCUCAGGACUUUCAUCAUCGUCAGUACUACCUGUACCACCGGCACAAACAUCAAACGAUGCGGAAAAGCAAGCAGAACCGCUAGUCUGGGUGCAUCAGACCGAGCUAUACGAGAAAGCAGACGGACCCCAGAUCGCCGCACGGCCACCAUACGAAGGAGUGCUCGACUGGUACCCAGACUUUAAGCCGCUACCGCAAUUCAGCUUGAAAGGCGGACUCAGUCACGGCUGCACCUUCUCAACAAUCGACAUCAAUGUUCCCGUCUAUCACAGAUGGUUGCUGCAUUGCUUUCUCGAGCUUGGAGGGCGACUGGUGGUGGCGGAAGCCAAGUCGCUGCGACAGGCUGUUCAGCUCGCUACGUCUCCGGCAUCCAGUCAAGUCGUGUGCAAAGACAUUGCGACCUGGAGGCAAGCAGGCAAAGUAGACGCACUGGUCGCGAGUCCUGGCCUGGGCGCGCGCUUCAUUGAAGGCAUCAAGGACGAGGCCGUGCACCCGCAGCGAGGACAAGUAGUAGUCGUGCAUGCGCCCUGGCUGUCCGCCGACGCACCCAGCUGGAACGACAAGCCGCCACACAAGCUGCCAGGCUACUCCAUCGUCCGCGCACAAGGCGGGAGGGAGGUCUACGUCAUCCCACGUGGCGAUGGGACAGUCGUCUGUGGCGGCACGCGCAUCGUCGAUGAUUGGGACCCGAAUCCAAGACCAGACACGACGAAGAGGAUUCUGGAGAGAUGCCUCGGCCUCGUCCCGCAACUGGCUGAUCCGAAGAAGAGCGCGGGUUUGACAAGACCGAGAGCGGAAGACGUCCAGGUGGUCGGCGUCAAUGUCGGGCUGAGACCGGCGAGGAGGGGUGGGCCGCGGCUCGAUAGGGCCAUGGACGAUGUAGAUGGUGUCAAGGUCGUCUACAACUACGGUUAUGGCGGAGCCGGUUAUCAGGCUUCAUGGGGCGCUGCGCUGGACGCCAAACAGCUGGUGGAAGAGGCGCUCCAGAUACCUUCCAGCUCGUCGGUGCAGAGGCGGUCUGCAAAGCUGUAG